GAAUAUAUAAAUAGGGAAGAUAUAAGCAAAAAAACAGGUAGGUCAUCAUCAUCAAUCAACAGUCUCCAUAAAAGAUCGUAAAGUUAGCGUGUCCCUUCCCCCGUUUUUCAAUGGCUUCUUCCACCCUUAAUCGAUGGCUGAGGCCCGAGGUGUAUCCACUUUUUGCAGCGGUAGGAGUUGCUGUUGGGAUCUGUGGAAUGCAAUUGGUUCGUAAUAUCAGUGGCAACCCUGAAGUCAGGGUGACCAAGGAAAACAGGGCAGCAGGGGUGUUGGACAAUUUUUCGGAAGGGGAGAAAUAUUCUGAGCAUGCUCUUAGGAAGUUUGUUCGAAACAAGUCUCCAGAGAUUAUGCCAGCUAUCAACGGCUUCUUCAGCGAUCCAAAGUAUUGAUGCCUGCGUCAAGUUUGAUAUGGAUUAACAUCAUUAUUCUUUGUCUUUUCGAUUGAAUGAGAGACUUGAAAAGCAUUUUUCUGGCCUGCGAUGGGCCUAAAACAUAUUGAAAGAAACUUGAAUAAAUGUAAUUCAUAACUACUAGUUCCUCCCUUUUAAAAGGGUACAUCUUUACAUAUACUAUUGAUCUAUUGUUUUCUGGAAAAAAUUGUUCAUUUUACUGUCAUGAAUGAAUGAAUGAGUAGUACUAUUUUGAA